AUGUAUUAACACUGGCAGCCUCACAGAAAUCAAGCCGUCCAAAAUACUUAGGGCUACAGGCACGUGAAAACAAUGAUCAUCAUGCAGGAUUUAGAAUAUUGAGCAUGGGAAAUGAGAUGGGCAACAAUAACACAUCUGGAUUGCGAGAAGAAGAUACCAUGGCCGAUGAGGAUCAGGGAAAAUCUGUACAAGAACUUGUUAAUGCCAACGUUGUAAGAGAAGAAAAUCAUGUGCUUCCUGCAGAAGAGAGUGAGGAUUAUCAUGAAAAAGUUACAGGGUUAGAUUCUGACGAUCCAAAGGGUUCUGCAGAUACUCAUGAUCAUAACCAGGCAUCGGAUGAGUCAGAUCAUACCGAAGUCCAUCCAGCUGCUGGAUCUCCUAAAGCAGAACUGAAAUCAAAUGAAGUAGGUGGCGAAGAUAAUCGAUCUCAACCAGCUUCUUCGCCGAAUGAAUUGGAAGGUCAUGAGAAGCCAACAGAGUCCAAUUUGAAGGGCAAUGUUCUGGGAGCAAACAGCAAUCAGCUUGAGAAGCGAGCUUCCUUCAAGAAAGAGGAAGAGAAGGUCAUGUCAACAUCACCUAUUUUUACCAUAUCACCAUCACAUGAUCCAGAACCUCAAGACUCUGUGGGAUUGAAGUUUGAUCAACAUGAAUUAACAGAAAGUUGUGCUGACCAAUCUGCACAAGAUAGCUUUACUUCAUCGAAACCAAGUGAAAAUAUCCUAGGAACAAGUAUUGCAGGCAUCACUUCGGCGAAUGAUCACCCGUUGAAUACCUGCCUAUCUGACAAUCUGGAUGGAAUUCUUGUUUCUGGGACCAAUCUAGAUGUGGAGGAGAAACGGGUUGACUUGUCAGAGAAAGAAAUGACAUCUCAAGAAGAUGAGAUGCUCAGUGAAGAGAAAGUUGAGGCUGGAAAUUAUUCAGCCAAAACAACUGUUAUUGACGCAACAAGGAUAUCAUCAGAUUCUCGAAGUGAUUGCAUAGAUAAAUGUGAAGAGUUCACCAGUGAAAUGGAUUGUUAUGGAAACAAUUGCUCAGAGUCACAUCCAGAGGCCAAUCUGAUAGCUAACUCUCUAAACUCCCAUAUAGAACUAUCUUUACCUGAAGACAAAUGCUUUGUCUCUACUGAAGAAACUGAAUUCAUGACAGGAAUAGAAGCUAACGAGCAUCACUACGACCUGAAUCACUUACGUGAGGAUUCAAUUAGAGAAUCAGAUAAUGACUUGGCAAAUGCAUCUCAAACUGAUUUUUUUCUCGGACCAAGUUGCAAGAAUAAUGAGGAGAGUUCAGUUAAUGUUUCUCAUGAUCCUGUUAGCAACGGAAGCUGCCAAGUUGAGAAGGCAGAGGUUGAUGAGAAUGGCUACCACGUUGACUUGUUCAAUGGCAUCCAGAGAGAAGAUUUUGAAGACAGCUGCAAGGAACCUGAAGGAGACACUAUGAUGGUUCCUGAACUUGGAAUGCACCCAAAAGAGUUAUCCAUGUCCAAUAGAAGAGACAAUGACGAGGAAACAGAUUGUACAAUCGGGGAAGAGAAACCAGAAGAGAAGCAAAUUGUCGAAAAGGAGAAGACCGAAGUUCCAUGUUCCGUGGGUAAGGGUGCAGAAGAACAGCAAAGCGGAGAACAGUUCACGUCCAGAACAGUUUCGGUGCAAGCAGAAGCAUAUACCCCAAAGGCUCCGGCUUCUCUGUUCCAGACUCAAGAUCAACAACAAGAAACGGUAAUGGCAUCUGCCGUUGCUCAAUGUAGCUAUGAGUUAGCCCUGGAAUUGAAGCCUGAGAGUUGCAAGGAGUUCCUUGUUGCAAAGGCUUCUACUGACCAAGCCGCGGGCAUAAAUAUUGUAAGGAACUCAGCUUCUACGGUUGAGUUGGCAAUGGACAAGCCUCAGCAAGAAGAUUCAUUCCAUGUCAUAGCAGCUCCAGAAAUUGUGAGAGAAACCAAGUCCUUCGCUUUUGAACGAAGUGAAAUACUUGAAACAAUUAUCUUUCUAAAGGGUGGCCAUGAGGUACAAGAAAGUGUGGGGAGGUUCAGCACUGAAUCAAAUCCUGACAAUCUGAACAUCCAUGUACAGAUGCGAAAGUCGCCAAGCUUUGAUCUUGAUCUCCGAAUAGAAGCAAUGAGUGAAGAGUCAGAUCAGACUCCACUGCUUUAUCAAGACAAGACUACAAUUGAAAGGUCAUCAAAUCAGGCUAACGUCAGCCUGCAAAGUCCACGUCUGCUUCCUCACUAUAAUCAAGAAUCACUUCGAGCAAAGCCAGGGGAAGAGAAAGUGAUUACUCCGGAAAGAAGUAAUUCCGAGAAGUCAAGAACAUCACCUCUUGGUUUCUUGAAAGAAGAAGAGGCUCAUGUUCUUGUUACACCAACGAAACAGGAUAACCAUGCUGCUGCAAAGAAGGCAGCUAAGGAUUUAUGGAACUCACGUACGAAGGAAGUGGCAUCAGCUUCACCUAAAGCUAAAGAGAAGCAUAAGCGCAGAACAUCCCUCUUUGGUCAGUGCAUGUGUUGUGCAACAGUGAUUAAUUGAUAGAAAUUGCCAGUUUCUUCGAGUUCUACUUUUCAAUUUGUUUUGGAUGGCUUUCUUACGUAAUCCUAAGUUUUUCAAGAAAUGGAGUUUUGAUCUAUGGAGAAAUUGUCGGUUGGUUCAGUUGACCCAAGAAAGGGUGGUUAAUAAGUCUUCUGCGUCUGUAUUUUUUGUGCUCUUCCCUGUAUAUACUUUCUUCUGAACUUGCAUUGCCUUGUAUUCUGAUGCAAGUUUUUAGCUGAAUGUCUUGAUUUAGUUCGUUUGUAAGUUUUAUUUGUUCAUGAAUUUGUUGGAGAGAUGGUGGAAGGUUUGGAAAGGAAAUUGUAAACCGGGCAGCUUUGCCGCUGCCUUUGAUUUUGUUAUUUGUUUAUUCUAUUUAUAACACGAACUUAGUGAAGCCGUUUGUUUGAAA